UUCAAAACCAUCAUACUAUCACUUCAGUUCCCAUGUUUAGCAUAACACGCGAGGGUAACAAGCGAGUAAGUUUUUGCAUUCUUACGCAAGCUAUUUGCUCACUGCUAGUUCACCUUUCGUCACUACUCACUCCGGCGGGGCCCACUCGAGUUGUGUAUUAGAUCUUAUAGAUUUAAACCUGUGAUUUGUUUUAUAUAGUGUGUGAACUGUGGUUGUGAUUUUUUUAUUUUGAAGGUCUGUUGUGUAACAUUUAAAUGAGAUGAAUUAAAAUUUGUUCAGCGACUGAAUGAUAUGAGUAACUGAGUGAAUGAAAAUUGUUUUUAUUGUGAUUUUAAUUAUUUUAUUAAAAUUUGUAAAUAAUAGCAAAAUUAGUUGAUCAGACUAUAGAAUAACCAGCGAUGGACAUCAGAAAAAUCUUUAAAUGUUUGAAUAAAUUAUAGUAUGUUUAGUGUUUAACAAAAUAAGUGAUGAACAAAUUUUGCACAUAUGAUAUAAUUAUAGUGCUUGCCAAAACUUAUGAUAAUUUUAAAGCUCAUUAUAAUUAGCAAUGUGUGAAAUACAACGCUACUUAUAAAUAUCUUCAUGGCUCAUGUCAUAUCCAAAUGAAUUAUAAAACAAUAUUCCGAAGGAAUUUUGAUACCUAUAAGGUUUAAUGCAGAUUAAAAAAAAGUAAAUAUCAUCUGUUUCCCGCUUAAAUAAAAAAUAGAAUCAGCGUAAAAAAGGAAAUAGAAAGUAAAUUGAAAAAAUGUUGCCCACUUCAACAAUAAAAAAUAGAAUAAAAUGAAUUUAAACUUAUUAAUUUUGUGCACAUGGUGUAUAUUAAAUGGAAGCGUCGACAGCCUGGUGAAUAUUUUCACGCCUAUAGUCCAUACGAAGCAGGGUCGACUGAGGGGUCUAAGGAGCGUGGUUGGACAAUAUAGGUAUUAUGGCAUACCCUACGCUGUGAGCGAGAGAUUUCGACUGCCACGAAGUCCGCCAAAAUGGAGAGGAGUCUUCCACGCGACCAAACGCUUUGGCUCUUGUGCACAAGCGCUUAAUUUCCUCAAACUUGGGUCAGAAGAUUGCCUCGAGCUUGAUGUAUACACUCCAAACCAAGUGAAACCUGGUGAGAGACUACCAGUCCUGGUGUUCCUCCACGGUGGAGCCUACUACUACGGCAGUAAAUGGCAAUAUGAUCCAGAAUUCCUAGUCACAAAAAAUGUUAUAGUCGUUAUUAUUAAUUAUAGAAUUGGCAUCUUGGGAUUCUUGUGUUUAAAUAAUGUAGCUAAUCUUGGGUUGAAAGAUCAGGUGGCAGCUUUGAAAUGGAUAAGGGAGAAUAUCGCUGUUUUUGGCGGAGACCCUGAAAAUGUGACAAUAUCUGGUCAAAGCGCAGGAGCUAGCGCUGCAGCGAUGCAUUUACUAUCCAAGUCUAGUAAAGGAUUAUUCCAUAAAGCGAUUUUGAUGAGUGGAACACCUAUUACUCCAUGGGCAUUUAAUCCAGAACAUAAGAAACCAAUAUUCGAAGAUGCUGCUAAAUUUGGUCGAGUUGGAGACGAAAUGAAUGCUUUUGAAAUAUUUAAUAACUCCUCAGUUAGUGAUUUGCUUGGAAACUGCCAGGACACAUCAAUUAAUCCCAGAUAUUUCAAGUAUUCUCCAUGUAUUGACAACGCAUUCAAUGAACCUUUCUUUCACGAUACUCCUUACAACACAAUCAAAUCUGGAGAUUUCAAUAAGGUGCCCAUAAUCAACGGUUUCGUGGACAUCGAAGGAAUGUUAUUUUACGGGUUAAAUGACGACACAACCUUCAAAGAUUUAGAAGAUAACUUUACAGACAAACUGCCAUCGGUAUUCUCCUGGAACUCUCAAGAAGUGAAACAAGAUAUAGCGAGGAAAUUUCGCGAACAUUAUUUUAGUAAUAGACGGAUAUCCAAAGAACAAAUAAGGGGAGUAGUGGACUUCUACUCAGACUGGAUGGCGUAUUCAACCUCUGAUACAUUUUCAAAGUUAAUGACCAAAUACUCUGACAAACCAGUAUAUAAUUACAUGUUUUCGUACGUUGGUGAUAGAAAUUUUGCAAAAUUCUUCUUUGGAUCGUCAACUGGAUUGGAAGGAGCGUGUCAUUCUGACGAUAUCUUCUACGCAUUCAAGCCUGGAGGACUUCCAAUGGUCUUAUCAUCAAGAGACAAACUUUUCAUAGACAGAUUUACUACGAUGCUCACGAAUUUUAUGAAAUUCGGCAACCCAACACCGCAACAAACUACUCUCCUACCAGUCCUCUGGCCAGCCACUACCGCCAACAACUCGCUCAGAAUGCGGCUCGACCAUCAACUGUCCGUGAUAGAGACACCCACCACUCACAAGGGGGAAUUCUUCUUAGACAUGCUUUGUAAACAUGGAUUUACUGGAUACGUGCCUUGUGAGAGAUCUGUACAUUACGGAAAUACUGCAGAUGUUAAAUUAUAAGGGAUCCAAGUCGACUACAAGCUAGAAAGACGGUGUACCUUGUUAGCUAAUGUACUAUCUACUGGCCUACUAAUCCUUAUCAAGCCAAUAUGGUAGGAUCAGAGUGGAUACACGCCAUGUUAGUUGAAAGCAUUUAUUGCUCAACGCAUAGGGUAUGUAAGAAGUAACAAUGAUACUCAUCGAGUUUCGAUUUGUAAGAUUUUCGAGAUUAGAUUUGUAUUUAAUUCUAUGCGACUGUAUAUAUGGAUAAUGUAGGUGAGAUUAGGUAAUCAUUUCUUCAAAUUAUAUUAUUUUAUAAAUCAUUGUAAGUAAACAAACGUACAUAUUCUACUUGAGUUUUGCCAACAAUUGUCAAUGGUUUUAAUUUUAAAUUAAAUUGAUU